GCAGCACAGGGCUGAGCGCCUUCGGGCAGAGCAGUCAUGUCUCACAAACAAAUCUACUAUUCGGACAAAUACGACGACGAGGAAUUCGAGUACCGGCAUGUCAUGUUGCCCAAGGACAUAGCCAAGCUGGUCCCUAAAACCCAUUUGAUGUCUGAAUCUGAAUGGAGAAAUCUCGGUGUUCAGCAGAGUCAGGGAUGGGUUCACUAUAUGAUCCAUGAACCAGAACCUCACAUCUUACUGUUCCGGCGGCCACUGCCCAAGAAGCCAAAGAAAUGAAGCCAGCAACCAACUGACUUUGGGCCUCGAGCUUUACACAGCUGUCCUUACUCCCCACCAUCUUUCUGAUAGCGUGACCGUGUUGCUUUCUUACUUCUCACUUUGAUAUGUAAAGGAUACACUGUUUGAAUGUGCUGGUACCUGCUUUGCUUCUGGAGUUGAGCCACCAAUGCCACAGCCCUGUCAGAUGAGUGUGACCUCAAAGCCCCAGUGUGCUCGGUAUCCAGCAGGCCAUUUUGCCAUCCGUCAGAAGCAUGUGAAAUCAGAUCAUGGCUAUUACAGGGAUGGUGUGAAUUUGCUAUUGUGGUUUUUACUAUUGGGUAUUGUAUUUAUGAUGACUUGUGGAUUUAUGUUUCAAUGUAUUGGAAACUUUCCAUUUUAACUGACAAAUCUCUUCCAUGUUACAAGCCUUGAUUAAAGGAAGUUUUUUUUAAAUAACCUUAAGGCUGUGGUUAUAAAACCGUCCUAUCCCUGUGCUAUUGUGUGCCCCUCACCCCUUCAUUCCCUCUGAGUCAUCUCCCUCCUGCAACCAAGGUGAUUGACUGGAAUCAUUCUGAUUCUUACACCCUUCAGGUGGAUAAUGGAAACCUGACUCUUCACAGUAAUGAGGUUUAGUUGAAUAUUGCAAUAACAAAUUUAUACUGUUUUAAUUGGACUUGAUGUAAAAACAUUCACUGAAAUGUAUUUCACUGACUACUAGCCUAUGAUAAUUAUUUUAUUGGAACUGUCUUACCUCAUCAAAGCAGAUGAACUGUUGUACAGAGUCUGGUCAGUGUUGUCAUUUACACAGCCCCAGUGUUUGAAGCGUAUCCAAAGACAUGAGAGUGGGAUUAAGUACCACACAAGACUCUAGCCUCUGAAUAGUGGCUGGAGCUGGAUUUCAAAUGGAGUUGAUAUUAGAACUGUCAUGGACAGUUUCAAGUACUGAGACCACCAAAGUCAUUCCUGGAGUAAUCCUUUGGCGUGGGCUAAAGACAAGGCUGAGCAGUUAAGAACACUAGUGCUCCUUGAGAGGACCUGAAUUCAAUUCCCAGCAACCAUGUAGGAGUGCUCACAACCACUUGUAACUCCAGUUCCAGGAGAUUGAACACCCUCCUCUGGUCUCUACAGAGACCAAACACACCUGGCAUAUCUAUAAGCUUAAAAGGGGGCGGGGAGGGGGGAGUGGAUAGAGAGAGGGGUCAGUGGUUAAGAGCACUGACUACUCUUCCAGAGGUCCUGAGUUCAAUUCCCAGUAACCACAUGGUGGGUCAUGAUCAUCUGUAAUGGUAUUUGUUGUUCUCUUCUGGUAUGUCAGUGACGGUAUACUUAUAUAAAUAAAAUAAUUUUAAAAAAUGA